AGUGUUGUUGGCGGGGUAACAUGGACUUUCGUAUGUUUCCGGUUCCGGUCAAUUGUUCAGUAACGAAUAUGGCGGCCAGAGCUGGUUUUCAGGCUAUUAACAGUGGCGGUACAACCGGCUUAACGCCAGGGACUCCAGGUCCCCCAGUGCGAAUGGGCCCGGCACCUAACCAAAACAUGUACCGCUCUCCUAUGCCAGGUCCUGUGUAUCCGAGACCAGGAAUGCCACCUGCCAACCGUAUGGCACCACAGGGUGCAUCUAUGGGCCCUCCAGGGUUUGGUGGAAGCCCCGCAGUUAGACCAGGUUUGUCUGUCUUAGACCAGUCCCGCAAGAGACCUGCUCCUCAACAAAUCCAGCAAGUCCAGCAGCAGCAGGCAGCCCAGAACAGAAACCAGAAUACAAAAAAGAAGAAGAUGGCAGAUAAGAUUCUACCUCAGAGGAUCAGAGAGCUAGUUCCUGAAUCUCAGGCCUACAUGGACCUCCUGGCUUUCGAGAGGAAACUGGACCAGACUAUAAUGAGAAAACGUUUAGACAUCCAGGAGGCCCUGAAGCGUCCUGUUAAGCAAAAGAGAAAACUCAGAAUCUUUAUUUCAAACACCUUUAAUCCAGCAAAGUCAGAUAUAGAAGAUGGAGAAGGAACUGUGGCGUCUUGGGAACUUAGGGUUGAAGGAAGGCUUUUGGAGGAUGCUGCUUUAUCGAAGUAUGACACUACAAAACAGAAACGCAAGUUCUCCUCUUUCUUCAAAUCUUUGGUGAUUGAGUUGGACAAAGACCUAUAUGGACCAGACAAUCAUCUUGUUGAGUGGCAUAGGACAGCUACAACCCAGGAAACUGAUGGCUUUCAAGUGAAGAGACCGGGCGAUGUUAAUGUGCGCUGUACUGUGCUAUUAAUGCUAGACUACCAGCCUCCACAGUUUAAGUUGGAUCCACGUCUGGCCCGUUUACUUGGUAUCCACACUCAGACCCGGCCAGUGAUUAUCCAAGCCCUGUGGCAGUAUAUCAAAACACACAAACUACAGGAUACUCAUGAGAGAGAAUUCAUCAACUGUGACAAAUACCUCCAGCAGAUAUUUGAGACACAGCGAAUGAAAUUCUCAGAAAUCCCUCAGAGGUUGCAUGCCUUGCUAAUGCCUCCUGAGCCUAUUGUCAUCAACCAUGUCAUCAGUGUGGAUCCAAAUGACCAGAAGAAGACUGCAUGCUAUGACAUAGAUGUGGAGGUGGAUGAUACCUUAAAAACUCAGAUGAAUUCAUUCUUGCUUUCAACUGCUAGCCAACAGGAGAUUGCUGCUCUAGAUAACAAGAUCCAUGAGACAAUAGAGACAAUCAACCAGCUAAAGACACAGAGGGAAUUCAUGUUGAGUUUUGCACGCGACCCUCAGGGUUUCAUUAAUGACUGGCUUCAGUCACAAUGCAGAGAUCUUAAGAACAUGACAGAUGUUGUUGGGAACCCAGAGGAGGAACGGCGAGCUGAGUUCUACUUCCAGCCCUGGGCUCAGGAAGCUGUUUGUAGAUAUUUCUACUCCAAGGUGCAGCAACGAAGACAAGAACUUGAACAGGCCUUGGGUAUCCGCAAUACAUAAGUAACCUCAUACAGGAAUGGCAUCGGACUGAAAUGGGAUCAAGUCUUUCAGGACUUUACCAUUUAUUUAUGCAGAGACUUCUGUUACAUUGUACUAAUGCCUCUACGCACACCAAACACUGUCAUUGGCCUUUUAAUUCUUUCUUCACUUGAAAAGUACUGGCGGCUGGGCUCCCUGCUCAUUCUGUAAGUCAAUCUGUUAAUGACAGAGCUGCAAAAAUCAGUGCAAUUUUCACUUUUGUAAUGGUCUCUGAUUGCACAGAGGCCAGAAUUUUUUUUUUAGUAUUUGCACACUUCAUUGAUUAUAAACUCGUAAGUACACCAAGUUUGCCUGUGAACAUUUUUCAUUAUUCAACUUUUUUUUCUGUCACCAGGUAUUUGUAUUUUGUUGUUUUAUUAGAGAUGUUUGAUUGCCAUUCCAUAGUCUAGUAAUACUAUAUUAGUUUGAUAGUGUGGAACCUGAAAGAAGCUUUUGUGUGAAAUACUGUCUUGUUUCCAGAUGAAAGUAUUUUAGGCAGCUUGUGAAGAAAAUUCAACAGGAAGAGCUUCCAGUUUACAGGAGUUAAAAGUUAAACUGAUUUAAAACCUUGUUGUUUUUCUAUGUAGUUGUACUUCUAGUCCUUUUCUAUUGUGUUGUAGUAUAAUUUGUGGAAAGCUUAAAGCACUUUUAUCACCAGUUCACUUUGAAUAUUUGUUGAAAUGGGGAUUACUGUGUUAACAGAUAUAGUUAAUAAAUCUGCAAGUGUACACAUUUGGAUUGCAGCUGCUUUUAAGGAUCCCUUCUGUUUACCUCUGGUAAUUUGAAAUGCACCAUUUUAUAGGAACUCUGUCUUCUUUACUGUAUGUGGAAGUCAGGCUUCAUGUGGUUGGAAAAUAAGUAUUUUUAUGUAUGGCUUAGUGCUUUUUUGAUGGUCUGCAAGCAAUACCUGUCUGUGCUCUUGGAAUGCAGUUGGAAGUGUGGCUUAUAACCAUAUUAGAGUGCCUUGGGGGGGUGGGCGGGCACUUAAGUUGAGCUAUGAACUUGAACUAAGUCAUUAGUAGGGAGAAUGUUUCUUUGUUCUCCUGGCUUUAAAUAAACCAAGUUCCAGGUCCUGAUUGUGUAUAUUUAUGCUUAAUACCAUUAUUUUUGAAAACACAUUCUAGUUUUACAAGCCAGAACACUGCUCCGUAGUUGAACUUCACACCAGUCAAGUUGACAUCAUUGUUUGAAAGAUGAGGGUCUUUGCUAUUUGUUGCUCUGGUAGUUUAAGAGCUGCCACUGUAUGGAUAUAUGAUGUACAGGUCAUGUCUCCAGGUUUAUUGAGAAGUGCAGCAGAACCAGAUAUAUAUAUAUAUAUAUAUUUUUUUUUAAUUGGGUAUAUACAGUUUUCUGUAGUGUCAUGAUAAUCUAUCCAGAAACCUUUUACAGUACGCUUUGGGAAGACUGUGUUCAAAGCUUGUUAUAUAGAUCAGUGAGACAGCAAAAGAAUGUAGAGAAGGCUAACAUGAAUUUUGAAUGUUGCAGUACUUCACACUUCUCUUUCACUGCACUAAGUCAUACAGCUAUUGGCAGUGUCAUCAUGAUUACUUUGGUGUCUGACUCCACUGUUUAAACUUCAGGAUGACUGCAGUAAACAUUGUCACUUUUACAGGUGAACUAUAUUUUUACUGACUGAAUGUUGUGUUUUGAAUGGACCAAUUUUUUUUGUAUUGUGUCCUUAGUUUGUUUCCCAGUUUUAAAAUAAAAGCUUCUUCAGUACAAUCCA